AUGGCGAUGGAAUACAUCAAUUACAUCAAGGCAAAGGCGCGUAUAGCCACAUCACGUAAGGCCGAGACUCCAGUCCUUUCCGAUGAAGACGAGCAAUUCCUCGAUCGCAUCACGUCUCAAGAGAAUCCUCCUCCGCUCCCAGCGCGGACAUACCUAGAUGCGCACGGCAUUGACGCACAGACGGCGCUUAUGGAUGGGGCCCAGAAUAUCCCAUUGCCUCAGACGCCAGAUGGGAUCACGCAAGUGUCGGAACUGGUCCCAGAAGAUGACAACACAGAGACAAAUGCCGCCCAAUCUAAAUCAAAUGCCACCUGGAGUUGGCUCAGACGCGACAGCCGAGACGGCAAGCAGCAAGGGCGUGAGGAGACUGCUGUAGGACUGGAUGACAUUGCCCAGAACCUCAAGAACGCCGAAAUAGAGGACGGCGACGAUGUCAAGGAGCUCAAGCGAGAAGAAGAAGACAUGACCAUUGUGCUCGAACGUCUAAACUUGGCGGCCGUCAACAACAGGGUCUUUUCGAUCAGCGCGGAAACCCAAGAGCUCCUACAACAGUUCAACCAGGUUUUCAAGGACUUGGUCCGAGGCGUGCCCACAGCCUAUGAUGACCUCGAGUCUCUCUUGACCAACGGGGAUAGACAAUUACAGAAGACAUUCAACUCGCUGCCGGGCUUCCUGCAAAAGCUCAUCGAGAAGUUGCCCGAAACCAUGACCAAGGGAUUCGCCCCAGAGAUUAUAGCUGCUGCGGCAGAGAGGGCACAGAAGAGCGGCAUGAACAUGGAGACGGCAGGCAAGGCCGCGGCAGCAGCCACAAAGAUGGGAAUCAAGUCGCCUUCCUUGAAGGAGUUGGCAGGAAAACCUGCGGCCAUCACCGGGCUGCUAAGAUCCAUCAUCAACUACUUGCGAGCGCGGUUCCCAGCCUUUAUGGGAGCAAAUGUGUUAUGGUCGCUCGCUCUUUUCGUGUUACUGUUCGUUUUCUGGUACUGUCACAAACGCGGCAAGGAAGUCAGGCUGGACAGAGAACGACAGCUCACAGAAGAGGAGGUUAGCCAGCUUGAUGCGGACUUCAAGGCUCACCAUGUUGAUGAGGUUCCAACCACCACUGCGGAAGAGGGAGCAUCGAUGGAAGAGGUGAAGGCGGGCAUCGAAGAGGCUCAGGUUAUCAAGGACGCUGCAGCGGAGAAGCCAGUGGAGCCGGCUAUUGUCCCUCCAACGAGCGUGCCUUGA